CUCUGCGGGUUGCCACCUCGAAUGCCUAUUUAGUGGUACUAUUCUUAUUAUCUCUGAACCUAUCGGAAAGUGAGGUUGCGUGCGUGGUUUUAGCCCGAGAUCGUCUGCGGCUUUGUUUACUUUCAAGGCUGGGGUAGACUGAAAAUUGAAAAAGGGGAAACUUUAGGAAUGCCUGUAGUUUAAUGACUCUCGCGAGGUGGCCCAGAAAAAUGAAAAUAAGAGGACUACUACACGGUCUCUCCUAGCUACUUGUCCUCAAGAGUGUCCUCAAACUCAGAAAUAAAAAGACGGUAUAGCCACCUGUUAGCCUAGACAUUGGCUUAGCAUUUGGAGUGGAAAUGUAUUUGGUCAGCUGAGGAAAAAUGUCAUAGUAAUAAAGAGCAUCUCUUUUUAAAAUUCACACUCAUCAUUUUUAAAGGUCCAGAAAAAAAGGUAAACUAGAACUCAGUUUUUUUAAAACAUAAAACGCUGAAAUUAUAGAAAGUGGAUGGCUGUAAGCUGGAAUUCGUUCAACUAUUAUUAAAGUACUCAAGAGACUAGCCCAGUCCUCAAUGAACUCAGUCUAUUUUUAGACUUAUUUUUCUUUUUCAGUUCUUUCAAAGGGCUCAUCAGUUUAGAAAAUUGCCCUGUUUUAUUGGCCACGAUAUACAUAUUAGUUUUUUAAAUGUGUAAGAUGUAAUCAGAGUAAGUUAAACAUAAUUCAGCUCAAGCAUGAUUAGUCAGAGGCAAAACGAUCUUAGAAUGUUCCAAGCAGAAGGGAUCUUGGAGCUACUUGAGCUUAACAUCCCAUCCCCUUUCCCCAUUUGACCAAGGCCAAUAAAGGGACUUACCUAACUGGCCCUAGAGCCCAGUCUCCUGCUUCUUGAGUCAAGCGUCCUUAAUUACUGUAUGAUGUGUGCUGAGGUACAGGUAAGCCUCCAGGUGUUAAAGCCUAUUUGGGCUCUUGGGCCCGGGGGAGUGUUUUACAGGGCAGGAAUAGUUGAAAAGCAGGAAUAUUUCAGAGCUUGAUGAGAUUGAAAUUCACGCAAGGGUUUCAUUUAGAGGCCCUAGUUUAUUUCUGUUUAGCAAAGCAAAACAUUGUUUAAAGAAAAAAAAUAGCUGAAUUUUAAGUUUCUUCAUAAAUCAACGUUUUUCAUUGAAUAAUUUAACUCCGGAAUCAAACCAGCUUAAUUCAUUUGCCAAUAUUGUAGGAAACAAAUUAACUGCAAAAGAUGGAAAUAGAGCUGAGAGAUGGGAACAUAAAAAAGGAAAGUUGGUUACCAGUUACUCGGGAGCUGAGCUUCCAAAAAUUUAUUGAACAAUCUGACUUACUAGAAGAACUUAAAUAUGACUUCAAUGAAAAAGCUGAAUUGAGACACACUGAGACACAAAGGCCUUUUGUUUUUAACUAUUAUAAAAAUGUCUUUGAGAGGAACAGCAAGCGCUACCAGGCCCUUGGCUAUUUGCUUGAACAAUAUAUUUAUGAGCUUUUGGAGAAAGUAUGCAAAUUACAAAAAGUAUAUAUCCCACCAGAGGCUGAUAAAGAACCAAGAAGCUUCUUUUUCAUGAGUGAGAGAGCAUUAACAAGUCAUCGUUCUGUUCUUCUUGUUCUUCUUCAAGACCAAGGAGUCUUUAGAGCUGGUCAGUGGAGUCAGCAGGCAAUAAUACAUCAUGGUCUCCAACAUGGAAGUCAGAUACCAUGUAUUCAAAUGGCAUUGCAGGCACAUUAUGAUGUAAUUGUGCUAAACCCCAAUGACAAUUUCAUCGACCUAAACAUGGAAGAAGAGCAGAAAGGCCUUUUAACCCAAACUAAGGGGUCAUCUUCCCUAAAAAUGGUUCCAGCAGAGAACUUUUUAUCUGUCCAGCAACCUCUCCAGUGCACCCCUAAAAGAUGCAGCAACACUCCUGAAGAACACAUGGCUUACAUUUGGGAUUACUUCAUUUCAAAGACUGAAGGCAAGGAUGUUGCCUUCAUUGUACAUGGUUACGGAGGCUUGGUUUUUAUGGACUUACUUGUUCGUAAAAAGUGGGAAGUGAUGAACAAAGUAUAUGCUGUUGCCUUUAUUGACUCUGAACAUCAUGUAGGACACCAGCUGGGAAGUGAUGUUCAGUUAUUGGCCUGGAUAAAGCACCACUGCCGUGAAUGGGUGACAAGCCCUAAGCCUUUGGAUAAACCUGCAGCUACUGUUUUAAAACAGGAGUUUCCUAUGGUUUCUGCUGGUACAGAAAAACACAACUUAGCCCCUUCCUCUAGCCUUCAAUCAAUUUUUAAAUACUUUAAAAAAGCUUUGAAAGCCAAAACAACUAUUAAUUUUUCUCGAGUGCCAAUAGUAACUAGAAGCUCCACAAAAAGAAAGCAAAUUGCUUAACUUACUUUUUUGUCACCUAAGAUUUUUUUGUCCCACUGAAAUGCUGCGAAUGUAGAUGCUAGAAGAAAAAGAAUACUCUGCAGUAUUAUGUUAUGAAAAGAAUAUACACAGUGUUAUAUUCUGGCUUGAGGUUUGAUUUGUUACUUUUUUUGAAAAGUGAAUAUGUUCUUUUUUGUAGCCUAUUGAUGAGCUGGGCAUCAGUCAACGCCAUCAUUAAUAUUUUACAGUAUUAGUCAAGUUAGAGGAUCUUUUGAAAACCUCUCUUAUGUCUUAAUAGAAUGACACCAAAACUGCAGUUGAUAGAAAUUAAACACCAAGUCAGUCUUCAGUUUCUAUGUUGUUAAUGCCAUACUAAAAUUAUAAGUGAACAUAAAAAUGAUUAUAAACUCCA